AUGUCGUCGACCGGUGUGAUCAAGUGCAGGGCGGCGGUGGCGUGGGCUGCCGGCGAGCCACUGUCGAUUGAAGAGGUGGAGCUCAGCCCUCCUCAGCCCAUGGAGAUCCGCAUUCAAGUCGUCUCCACUUCUCUUUGCCGCAGUGACCUCUCCGCUUGGCUCUCUCAGGCACCACCACAACUUUUCCCUCGAAUUUUCGGCCAUGAGGCAUCAGGGAUUGUCGAGAGCGUGGGCCAAGGAGUAACCGAAUUCAGAGAGGGAGACCACGUGCUGACUUUGUUUACUGGAGAGUGUAUGAGUUGCAGGCAAUGUGUUUCGGGUAAAAGCAACAUUUGUCAAGUGCUAGGGCUCGAACGCCAAGGUGUAAUGCACAGUGACAAGAGGACACGUUUCUCGAUCAAGGGAAAGCCCGUCUAUCACUAUUGUGCCGUUUCGAGUUUCAGCGAGUACACGGUUGUGCACUCUGGAUGUGCUGUCAACAUCAGCCCCACUGCACCUUUGGAGAAAAUAUGCCUUCUCAGUUGUGGAGUUGCAGCAGGUCUGGGUGCAGCUUGGAAGGUUGCAAAUAUCUCACAAGGAUCGACAGUUGUUGUUUUUGGUCUGGGAACUGUAGGCCUUUCUGUUGCACAAGGUGCUAAACUGAGGGGGGCAUCCCGAAUAAUUGGUGUCGACACAAAUCCUGAGAAGAGUGUAAAAGCAAUGGCUUUUGGAGUAACAGACUUUCUGAACCCAAAUGAUCACGACCAACCAAUUCAUCAGGUUAUUAACCAUAUUACUGAUGGAGGGGCGGACUAUGCAUUCGAGUGUGUUGGAGAUACUGGAAUGGUUACCACUGCUUUACAGUCUUGCUGCACUGGAUGGGGUUUGACGGUGACCCUUGGCGUGCCUAAAGAGAGGCCAGAGAUAGCAGCUCACUAUGGACUCUUUCUCACUGGAAGAACGCUAACAGGAUCUCUCUUUGGUGGAUGGAAGCCAAAAUCCGAUCUUCCUUCACUGGUCGAUAAGUACCUAAAGAAGGAAAUUGAAAUUGACGGCUAUAUUACUCACAAUCUGGAGUUUUAA